AUGCGUCACACAGCUCUGUCAUGCUGGCAGCUGUUCCUGGGUCUGGCUGUGCUGCUUGUCUUCACAAGUCCCACUGUGGGCUGCCCAGCCCGCUGUGAAUGCUCAGCACAGAACAAGUCUGUCAGCUGUCACCGAAGACGUCUGAUCUCCAUCCCAGAAGGCAUUCCCAUUGAGACCAAAAUCUUGGACCUCAGCAAGAACCGACUGAAAAGCAUUAACCCUGAGGAAUUCACAUCAUACCCAUUGCUGGAGGAGAUUGACCUCAGCGACAAUAUUGUCUCCAAUGUUGAGCCUGGAGCUUUCAACAAUCUCUUCAACUUGCGAUCCUUGAGGCUGAAAGGAAACCGUCUAAAGCUGGUCCCCCUUGGAGUGUUCACUGGGUUGUCAAACUUAACAAAGCUUGAUAUAAGUGAAAACAAGAUUGUCAUUUUGCUGGACUACAUGUUUCAAGAUCUGCAUAACCUAAAAUCCCUGGAGGUUGGGGACAAUGAUUUGGUGUAUAUAUCACACAGGGCUUUCAGUGGGCUACUUAGUCUGGAGCAGCUCACCCUGGAGAGAUGCAACCUCACAGCCGUACCAACAGAAGCUCUUUCUCACCUCCACAACCUCAUCAGCCUGCAUUUGAAACAGCUCUACAUUAAUGCUUUGCCGGCAUACGCCUUUAAAAGACUGUUUCGCCUGAAAGACCUGCAGAUAGAGGCCUGGCCCCUCUUGGACAUGCUGCCUGCCAACAGUCUGUACGGUCUCAAUCUGACUUCUCUAUCCAUCACAAACACCAACCUGUCUGCAGUACCUUACUCUGCUUUUAAACAUCUGGUUUACCUGACACAUCUCAACCUCUCUUACAACCCCAUCAGCACCAUCGAGGCAGGCAUGCUGUCAGAUUUAGUGCGCCUGCAGGAGUUCCACAUGGUGGGAGCACAGCUGCGCACUAUUGAACCACAUGCUUUCCAAGGGCUCCGAUUCUUACGUGUGCUUAACGUGUCCCAAAACCUGUUAGAAACCCUAGAAGAGAAUGUAUUCCAUUCCUCCAAAAGCCUUGAGGUCCUCUGCAUUAACAACAACCCUCUGGCCUGUGACUGUCGUCUUCUUUGGAUUUUACAGCGGCAGCCCACCUUGCAGUUUGGUGGCGAGCCACCAAUGUGUGCUGGCCCAGACAGUGUCAGAGAGAGGUCAUUCAGAGACUUUCACAGCACAGCUCUCUCCUUUUAUUUCACCUGUAAGAAGCCCAAGAUACAAGACAAGAAGUUGCAGUACCUGGUAGUGGAGGAAGGACAGACAGUGCAGCUGAUGUGCAAUGCUGACGGGGACCCACAGCCUACCAUCUCCUGGGUUACCCCACGUCAAAGGCUGAUCACAACUAAAUCAAAUGGUAGAGCCACUGUGCUGGGAGACGGCACCCUGGAGAUCCGAUUUGCCCAAGACCAGGACACUGGGAUCUAUGUCUGUAUUGCAAGUAAUGCAGCUGGAAAUGACACCUACUCGGCCUCCCUGACAGUAAAGGGGUUUACUUCAGAUCGUUUCCUUUAUGCCAACAGGACCCCUAUGUAUAUGACAGACUCCAACGACACAAGUUCUAACGGAACUAAUGCAAACAGCUACUCUCUGGAUCUUAAGACAAUACUGGUGUCCACAGCUAUGGGCUGUUUCACAUUUCUUGGAGUGGUUUUAUUUUGUUUCCUUCUUCUUUUUGUGUGGAGCCGAGGGAAAGGCAAACACAAAACCAGCAUUGACCUUGAGUAUGUCCCUCGCAAAAACAAUGGUGCUGUGGUUGAAGGGGAGGUUUCUGGACCACGAAGGUUCAAUAUGAAAAUGAUUUGAUGGUAUUCUGCUAGCAGUGCUUUUUCUGUGGCAUUAAAACCAAUUAAAACAGCCUGGAAUUGCUAGGCAGAAGCAGCUUAAUGCAGCUGUCAGUGUAUCAAAAGGUUAUAUGAAAAUGGAAAGACUAUUUGUGGUUAUACAACAGAGCCUCCAGACCUUGAGGCAGAUGUGUCAGGGCCUUUCAUAGAACUGGGAAAUUGUACUAACUGUUUGCAUUGCAAAUAUUGGCAUUCUGGGGAUAUCAGCAAUGAACCACUGGCUCAUGCUCAUGGACAAUUGUUCAACAUUUUCUACUGCUACAAAAGGAAAAAGAAAAAAAAACCUACAGUGUAGGAUUUACAUACUUAAAGAAAAAGACACAUUUGUCUAAACCACACUCUAUAAUGAAAUUUGUAUCCAUAUAUCUCAUUUGGUAAAACUUUGCAUCCUCCCUUCUAGUUGGUUCAACACAACAAA